AUGUCCAAAACAUUCACCCCUGCCGAAGUGGCCUCCCACAAAACCGCUGAUGCCGGCCUCUACAUCAUCAUUGACAGCAAUGUCUACGAUGUAACCAACUUUGUUGACGAGCACCCCGGCGGCGCAAAGAUCCUCAAGCGUGUAGCGGGCAAGGAUGCCUCGAAGCAGUUCUGGAAAUAUCACAACGAAGGCGUGCUGAAGAAGUACUCGCCUAAGCUGAAGAUUGGUGAAGUCAAGGAUGCCGCGAAGCUGUGA